UGAACGACGCGCGCACGAGUCAACUCAGUCUCAGUGCUUCACAGUCACAGUCACACCUCCCCCCCUCUCUGCUCUAAAAAGCCCAUCCCCUCCCUCCCUCCCUCCCUCUCUCCCCUUCACUCAUCAGUUCAUUCACACACCCUCAAUUCAAUAUAGAGAGAGAGAGAGAGAGAGAGAGAGAGAGAUCACGGCAGGCAGGCAGGCAGGCAGGCAGGCGAGCCGCGCUAGCUAAGCUAGCUACUGACUGACAGGCCUAACUCUCUGCGUCUGCGGUGGCGGCGGCGGCGGCCGGCCCCCCUCUCUUUAAAUGCUUCUGCCCUUUUUCUUCUUCUUCUUCUUCUUCUUCUUCUUCGUCUGCUUCUCCCUCCACUCCAUUGGUCAGAAGUUGAGAAUUCAAUUCAAAAGCUGCCACAAUGGCCGGUGGGCGGGCGAAUAGGCGCAAUUCCAGUUAGUUUACUUACUACUAAAGCCCUUUUAAUUUUGCUCAUGUCCAAAAGCCCUCUUACCAUCCCACUCCGCACGUGUGGGUUUUUCAUUUCGGUCUCAAAUUCAAUUCCCUCGAUCCCUUCCAAAUUCCAAACCACAACUUUGAAUUCCCCAACUUCUCAAGCGAUCGAACCCAUUAGGGAUUCAUCCUCUCCGAUACCAAUUAAUCGGUAACUUACGAGAAACCGAUAGGCGAUACGUGCCACAAGACCGUGUGUCGAUCGGGAUCUCAUUAGAAUUAGAUUGGUCGACCCCAAGGUGUACAACACAUACACUACUCCAAUUUGAAUUUGAACUUUCGCACACACACACGCGCGCAUAUAUAUAUAUAUAUAUAUAAACACGCACACAGACAUAUAGAUAUAUGGGUAGGGCGAGGAGGACGCAAUGUCGGGCUUCUUCUCAAUAGGAGGAAGAAGGGGACGAAGCAGUGAUUACUCCUCGGCCAGCUACAACAACCCCCCUGGAGGAGACGAAGAAGAUGAACAGCAUCAUCCUCCUCAUCAUCAGGUUCCUCCUCGGGAGAUCUCGUUCUGGUACGACAGGCCCGAUUAUAGUCAUCACGGGGAUUACGUCGAGCAGCAGCAGCAGCAGCAGCAGCUAGAUCUGUACAACUACUCCUCGUCGUCGAGGAGGAGGGCGGGCUCGAUGGACGCUGAUGACAGCACGCGGAUGAUGAUGAUGAUGUCCGGGGGGAUGUCGAGAGGGUCUGCUGGAGGGGCAGGAGGAGGGAUAUGCUGCCAGGACUGCGGGAACCAGGCGAAGAAGGACUGCGCCCACCAGAGGUGCCGGACGUGCUGCAAGAGCCGUGGCUUCGAUUGCCCUACCCACGUCAGGAGCACGUGGGUGCCAGCCUCGAAGCGCAGGGAGCGGCAGCACCAGCUACAACAGCAGCACCAACUGCACCUGUCCCCUUCUCAUGCUCUCCCCAGACGACACCGCGACGGCACCGGCACCUCUCUUGCCUCUGCUCAGCACGAUCAGUCAGGGCUGGAAGUGGGAGAUUUUCCGGCAGAGUUGAACUCACCAGCCAUGUUUCGCUGUGUCCGGGUGAGCUCCUCCGACGAGGGGGAAGAUCAAGAGCAAUAUGCAUAUCAGACGGCUGUAAACAUCAGCGGCCACGUUUUCAAAGGAAUCCUCUAUGACCAAGGACCCGAGAACACUCCUGGUGACGUAGCGCCAGGUGAGAGCUCCUCCGGUGGGGGCAGUGGUGGAGUCACUCAGCCCCUCACCCUGGGAGGUGCUGCUGAGAGUGGCGGUGCUGAGGCAGCACCAUUAUUUGACCCCUAUUCGUCGAUGUACCCUCCCCCAUACAGUAUGGCCGGUACGCAAUUUUUCCCUCACCCGAGAUCCUAGAAAUAAUUAUUAACUUGUAAUCCAUGCACCGCGCAAAUGUUAUUGUUUCUUUUUAGAGUGAAAAUUUUAUUAUUUUUGCUGUUUCUGAAUUGUAAUUUCUACAUAUAAUAUUGUAUACUUAAUUAGUUCUUUUAGCAAUUGAUCACCAUGUUAAUUAGGUAUAUAUGUAUUUGAUUUUUACUUGAUUACUUAUAAAUAUUUCUUGAUAUUAGAUGUAAUUCCUUUCGAAAAUACAACAGUCUGUUUUGACAAUCCGAUAUUGGAAAUGGAAAACUUUUUAAAAGUAUGGAGAUUAUGCUGUAUCGAUAAUUUUAUAAACCUUGAAAUUUUUAAAAAUGCAUCUUUUGAUAGGAAAAGGGAGAAAAACGUGCACUUUAUGAAAAUACGGUAAAAACUAUGAGAAAUUAAUUUAAGAUUUUUUUGUACAUAAUUGCUUCGUAGAGAAUAAUUCUUUCUAAGAAUAUGAAAGUAUGUAACCUUGUUCGUAACAUUAAACAUCUUCUUUCCCAUCAUACAAAAUAUUAUAAAUAGAUGCUGACAAAGUAAAAUUGAUCAGCAUUGUAGUUCUUUGAUUGAAUAAGAUUUUGUUAAGCAUAAUUAAUGUCAUUAAUCUCAUCUGCCUGACUAGCUAUAAGUGCAAAAAAAUGUAUAGUAUAGAUAGAUGGAUUCUUAAUUAUUUUUUUAACUGAAUUUAUGGUAGUUUUACUAUGCGUUUGAAUUUUGAUCUCGUUUCAUGUGGUUGCUUUUGAAAUUUGGAAGAGAGCCCCUUUUGCCCGCAAUAUCAGCGUCGUAUCCUUGCCUGCCAGGGCUGUGUUCCAUAAUGAAACAAUAUUUGAAAAUUGAGGUUUCGUUUGUUCCCCCUCAAACAAUAUUUGAUUAGACGGAUAGAAAAGGAAAAGAGAGAGAGAGAGAGAGAGAGAAAUGCCACACAAAUAACACAUUUACAUAUAUGUAUGUAUAUGUCGAUAAAAAUGUAUAUAUGACUUAUUCAUUAUCUGUUAGCACAAAUGCAAUGCAUGGGCAUUAUAUUUAAUUAGAUGAGAGUUCUAAAUUUCAAAUCCCUCGUCACCUACAAACUGGCCGCGUAGAAAAAAGGGGUAGAGAAUUUCUGUCAGGGGGUAGUAAGACUGUAAUUUUAAACGUGUUUCUUGAGUAUUCUCAGUUUUCUUCUCCGAAGAUGUAAUAACAUGCUUUUAAUUUGUCCUUGCCCAUUUGCUUCUCGGACACUCUUGUACUCUUUGACUUUUUAUGUCUACAAUUUGUGAUAUAUAGCUAAUUUCCUAAUAUCUAGGCAAGAGAACAAAAUUCACUGUUAUAAAAAUAUGUACUAAUUCAAUGCAGAGUUCACAAGUUCUGGCAAAAUUAACUUCAUUAAAUUUUCUUAAAAAAAAUUGACUUUAUUAAGAAGGUUUUGUAUAUUUUUAAUCAUGUGAAGAUAUAUAUUAGUUUACACGAAAUUAUUAAUUUGCUGAAAUUAAGUUCUUUUUUUUAGGCAAACAAUUAAAAUAUACUUACUUUAACGAGUGUCAACUAAUUGACAAGAAACGUAGCCAACUCGCUUAGCUUUCUCCAUGAAUAUAUGCUCCAGAUAAAAUAACAUAUAUAGUACAUGCAACUAAUGAGUUAAUGAAUUUAUAUUAAUAUUUUCGGGUUGUCGUGAACUAUAUUCUCCAGCCAUUAUAUUGAAGAAUUGAUCCAUCUGUCUUAGCUAGCUUCAACCUUGAGCUCAUAAUUAGAAAGUUUCGGCUGAUAUAUGGGGAAUUCUUAGGUCCAGCGGUAGAAUAUUCAGUCGGGUCCCCGUACGAAAUGUUAUUCUCGUUGUACGAAUUGUUAUUUU